UAUGAUUUUGAACGCGGAAAUCUUACAUUGGUGAGGAGUCGAUAGAGAACGUCGCUUUCCACGAAACCUCGCACGUGCAAGUCACAUGGUGCAGUCGGUUCUUCGGGGAUGGGCUACACACGUGCUGGGAGAGUGAUUGGUGGAGAAGACCUUCGUCCUCACACGAGACAACGGACGAUGGCGGCGGACGUGGGAAAGCCGGCGAUGGUGGUGGGGAUUGACGACAGCGAGCACAGUUUCUACGCGCUCCAGUGGACCCUUCGUCGCUUCUUCUCCGUCGCCGAUUCGGCCUUUAAGCUCGUCGUCGUCCAUUCCAAGCCGUCGCCCGCCUCCGUCGUCGGCCUCGCUGGCCCUGGGGCGGCGGAUGUGCUGCCGUUUGUAGAGUCCGAUCUCAAGAAGAUCGCUUUGUUGGUGAUCGAGAGAGCAAAGGAUCUUUGCUCCGCGUUCCCGGUGGGUGACAUUCAAUAUGAACUAGUGGAAGGUGAUCCAAGGAAUGCUCUAUGUGAUGCAGCGGAGAAACAUCAGGCAGAAAUAUUGGUGGUCGGCAGCCAUGGCUAUGGAGCGAUAAAAAGGGUUGUUUUGGGCAGUGUGAGUGAUCAUUGUGCUCAUCAUGCACAGUGCACUGUCAUGAUAGUAAAGAAGCCAAAGCCGAAGCACUGAGCUUGUUCUACUUGAUGAAAAACACUGCAAACUGUAUCAAAUUUUGAAGACUCAUCUUUGGUAAUAUUAAGCACUUCUUCAAGACUACUGUAUAACUACUGUAUGUUGAACAAGUAACCAACUUAUAUUUGUGAUCCGGAUUUUUUUUUUGGUUCUGUAAAGAAAAAAAAAGAAAGGUAUAUUGGCUUGUGUU